GUUUUUGCUUGUGUGUUCUUGUUUGUGUUUCUGUGUUCUUGGUAUGCAUAGGCCAUUUUGUGUGCUGUUUUUGUGCUGAUCUCUAGUGCAUGACCAGGUCAUCUAAGAAAACAUUACUUGACUUGGAUCUUGAAUUAGAGAACACUCUUAGAAGGCAAGCUAGAGAGCUUAAGUCUCGGGAUAGGAUUGACCCUAAUAGUGUGUCUAACACUUCAUCUGAACCUAUUCCAGCAUUCAUCAAUAUGGCAGAUAAUGGUAAUGGAGAUAAUGUAAACAAUGCAAAUAAUGGAAAUAAUGGUAAUGGCAAUAAUGGAAAUCAUGGAAAUAAUGCAAAUCAUGGUCAUUUGGAUGGUAGAACUAUUAGAGAGCUGGCUGCACCUGAUGUGCAUUACCAGCCCCUAUGUAUUCAAUACCCACAGCUAGAUGCCAACUUCGAACUUAAGUCUGGACUGAUCCAUUUGUUGCCCAAGUUUCAUGGCCUUGCAGGAGAGGAUCCACACAAGCAUCUGAAAGAGUUUCAUGUGGUUUGCUCAACCAUGCGGCCACAAGGAGUAGAUGAAGAGCAAAUCAAGCUAAGAGCCUUUCCAUUCUCACUUGAUGGAUCCGCCAAGGAUUGGCUCUAUUACCUGCCACCAGCUGCUAUCACCAGCUGGGAUGGAUUGAAGAGGAUCUUCCUGGAAAAAUUCUUUCCAGCCUCCAGAACAGCAUCAAUAAGGAAGGAAAUUUGUGGUAUAAGGCAGAUGAGUGGUGAGACUCUACAUGAGUAUUGGGAGAGGUUCAAGAAGUUGUGUUCCAGCUGCCCUCACCAUCAGAUAAGUGACCAACUCCUAAUUCAAUAUCUCUAUGAAGGUCUAAUCCCCAUGGACAGGUACUUGGUAGAUGCUGCAAGUGGAGGAGCUUUGGCAGAGAAGACCCCAACAGCUGCACAAGAGCUGAUAUCAAAGAUGGCACAAAAUGCCCAGCAAUUUGGCACCAGAAUUAACACUCCUACAAAAGCCAUCAAUGAAGUCAAUGUGGCUGCCACUAUGGACCAGCAAAGGAUGGAAAACAAGCUUGAGGAAUUGGCUUCCAUGGUCAGGCAGUUGGCAUUAGAGAGAAAGCAACCCCAGCUUUGUGGCAUUUGCUCCUUGCCAUCCCAUACAACAGACCAAUGCCCACAGUUGCAAGAAAAUAAUGAGACAUGUGCAGGCAUUUUUCCUGGAAGACCAUUCCAGCACCAGCAGCACAGCCAACCACAACCUUCCAAUAGUGCCAUCAUGCUUCGAAAUGGGAAAGAAGUAAUCAACCAAACCCCUCCACCAUCAUCAAACAUGGAGCAGCAUGUAGAGAAGCAGAAUCCAUUCCCACAUCGAGCAACACAAAACAAGAAAAGAGCAGAGGCCGAAGUGGAUAAAGAGAUUCUGGAAACAUUCCAGAAAGUUGAAGUCAACAUCCCCCUCCUUGAAGCCAUUAGACAGAUCCCCAAGUAUGCAAAAUUUCUCAAGGAUUUGUGUACUCACAAGAGGAAGCUUAUGGGGAAUGAGAAGAUCAACCUUGGGAGAAAUGUCUCUGCCCUUAUCCAACCUGCCAUGCCAGCAAAGUGUAAAGAUCCAGGGAUGUUCUCCAUUCCUUGUACUAUAGGAGACAUGCAAUUUAGCAAUGCUUUACUAGAUUUAGGUGCAUCCAUUAAUGUCAUGCCUAACUCUAUUUAUGCUUCAUUGCAGUGUGGUCCUUUGAAGCCAACAGGAGUGGUUGUCCAACUAGCCAAUAGAAGUACUGCACACCCCACUGGAGUCCUAGAAGAUGUGCUGGUUAAGGUUAAGGAUUUAAUCUUUCCAGCAGAUUUUUAUGUUUUGAAUAUGGAAGAUAACAGCACACUUGAGCAUGCACCCUUGAUCCUAGGGAGACCAUUCUUAAAAACUGCUAGAACUAUUAUCAAUGUGCAUGAGGGUACACUUUCCAUGGAAUUUGCUGGUAACACAAUUAACUUCAAGAUACUUGAUGCCAUGAAAUUCCCUACCGAGGAUCAUUCCACUUUUCAAGUAAAUAGAGCAUGA